GAUACUAGGUCAGGCUUUGUUUGUGGAUGAGCUCCAUCACCUCCUCCCAGAAAUGUGGACGGAUAUAAGGAAACUACUGCUCUUUCAUUUGUUAGCCCUGAAACUUCAUUCCUCAAAAGGAGCAGAGGCAGAAGAGUGUGAGGAUGGUCAGUUUCAGUGCAAUAACAAAAGGUGUAUACCGACCAUAUGGAGGUGCGACGAUGAUGACGACUGCUCAGACAACAGCGACGAGGAAAACUGUGCCAGGAAGACGUGUGCCCCGGCAGAGUUUGCCUGUGCAAACGGUCAGUGUGUACCAGGCCGCUGGCGCUGUGACGGGGAACCAGAGUGUCCCGACGGCUCAGAUGAGGCAGACGCCACCUGUAGCAAACAGACGUGCCCUCCGGAGAAGUUUGACUGCGGCGGCUCUACCAACAAGUGUGUCUCAGUGUCGUGGCGAUGCGACGGCGAGCGGGACUGUGAGAACGGGUCAGACGAGGAGGACUGUGCCGCCGACGCCAAGUCCUGCCCGAAAAGCGAAUUCCAGUGCGCCAACCGCAAGUGCCUGGCACCUGUCUACGUGUGCGACGGCGAUGACGACUGCGACGACGGUUCCGACGAACUAAAAUGCUCCUCCCGCCACUCGCCAACGACGACCUGUGGUCCGCACGAGUUCCGCUGCAACACCUCAGAGUGCGUGCCUGUCAUGUGGAGCUGUGACGGCGACCCAGACUGCCCAGACGGCUCUGACGAGUGGCCGGAGCGUUGUGGGAGUGAAGGGUCGCAAUCGCGACGCAGGAUGAACUGUACGGUGGAGGAGUUUCGGUGCGCCAACGGGGAGUGUGUGAGGCUGGCGUGGAAAUGUGAUGGGGAUCCGGACUGCAAGGAUAAAUCGGACGAGGCGGAUUGUCCUCUGCUGACGUGCCGCCCAGAUGAAUUCCAGUGUGGGGAUGGCUCCUGUAUCCACGGCACCAAGCAGUGUAACAAGGUCCACGACUGUCCUGACCAGAGUGACGAGUCAGGCUGUGUCAACGCCACUAAGUGUGAGGGGCCCCUGAAGUUCUUGUGUAAGAAUGGAGAGUGUAUCGACAGCGCUAAGGUGUGUGACAACGUCAAGGACUGCAAGGACCGCUCCGAUGAGCCCAAGAAGGAGUGUGGACUCAACGAGUGCGCGCUCAACAAUGGCGGCUGCUCUCACAUCUGCCUGGAUCGACCAAUCGGCUACGAGUGCCAUUGUCCCACCGGGUACCAGCUACUGGACAAGAGGACAUGUGGAGACAUUGAUGAGUGCGAGAGCCCCAACGCCUGCAGCCAGAUCUGCAUCAACUACAAGGGAGACUUCAAGUGUGAAUGCUACCAAGGCUAUGAGAUGGACCCUGUCACCAAGACCUGCAAGGCAGAGGGGAAGUCCCCCUUCCUGAUGUUCACCAACCGCCAUGAGAUCCGUCGGGUGGACCCAGUGAAGAAGGAUUACAGCCAGGUGCUGGCAACCCAGAAAAACGCUGUGGCGCUUGACAUAGACGUGGCCAAUAACCGCCUGUUCUGGUGCGACCGCUUCCACCGUAACAUCUACAGUGCUCUGAUCCCGGAGGCCAGUGUCCCGUCCCAGCAGGUGACCCUGGUGGACUCUGGCUCUCUCCUCUCCCCCGAGGGCCUGGCCCUAGACUGGGUCCAGCACAACCUCUACUGGACUGACUCGGGCCACAAGACCGUCUCGGUGGCCUCGGCAUACGACGGCCUCAAGAGGAGGGUGCUGGUGGACACGGAACUCAGCGAGCCCAGAGCCAUAGCCCUGGACCCCCAGCACGGGUUCAUGUACUGGUCUGACUGGGGCACCCGGGCCAAGAUUGAGAAGGCUGGGAUGAAUGGGGUGGACCGACAGGUCUUGGUGUCAGAUAACAUCGAGUGGCCCAACGGCAUCACCCUAGAUGUAGCCAACAGACGUCUGUACUGGGUGGACUCCAAGCUGCACCUCAUCUCCAGCGUGGACCUGAAUGGGGCUCACCGCCGGACACACCUGUCCUCUUCAGAGAGACUGGGACACCCCUACGCACUGGCCGUGUUUGAGGACCGUAUCUACUGGACAGACAGGGAGAGGGAGGCGGUGUACAGCGCUAACAGGCUAACCGGCCGAGAUGUCAGCACACUGGCCGAGCACCUCAACGACCCCCACGACAUAGUGGUCUUCCACCCACUCCGACAGCCCCAAGGCCCAGACAGCUGUAACUUGGGCAGUGAGGCCAACGGUGGCUGUGAGUACCUGUGUCUCAAAGCCCCCCAGAUCACAGAGCACUCUCCCAAGUACACCUGCGCCUGCCCCACAGGACAGGACCUGGGGCCCGACAUGCGGGGCUGUGUGCCAGUAAAUGAGACUAUUACCACACCGUCGCCAUUCCCCACCGGCUCGGUAGCCAUCAUCACGGCAAGUAUCGAGGAGGACAAAGAGGACUCCCAUUCCACUUCUGGGUUGUCCCAGGCAGAUGCCGGGGUCCGCCACCUCACCCCCGCCCCCUCCAGCACCCCAGAACUCCUCCUCAUCGCCAAACCUGGGGCAGAGGUGAAGGAGAAAGAUGGCCGGCGUUUGGAUCACACCACCUCCACUACAGUAGGGUCUGGGGACACUAAUGUCAUCAAGGAGGACAGCAACCUCUCUCACCACUCUGGAAGUGAGCAUUUUCUCCUGGGGGAGAACCUGACAGUGGCAGUUCUGGGAGUAGUCAUCCCUAUAGUUCCUAUUGUUGCCACAGUGGUCUUCGGUCUGCUCUGCACUGGCGUCUACCUGGUUUGGCGGAACUAUCGUGUAAACUCUACCAAGAGUAUGAACUUUGACAACCCCGUUUACCGCAAGACCACAGGCGAGGGCGAAGAGGACGAGAUUCACAUCGGACGGACGGACAGUGGCAUGAGCGGCCAGCACGGGCAUCACCCGUACCCAGUUGGAGUGGGGUGUGGCGUAGUCGGCGGGGGCGGAAAUACAUGCCCUCAGUUUAUCGCUCUACCACUGGGUGGCAGUAUGCCCGACCCGGGGACUCACUGGUACACGGAGCAGCCUAUGCUGUCCACUACGGCUAAGUGAGGUGGGCAAAGUGGGAGGAUGGAGACUAGACUAAAUGGCUGCUCAGGGGGUUAAUUUUCAAGAUGGCUGCUGCUCAGGCGCACACACAUACACACAUGCACACACACACAGUACCAAGGUCAGGGGUCACUCACUGAGUCUGUUCAAGGGAUGGACAUAUGAUGUUCUCAUCACAUCCAGCCAUUCGGGACCAUGCUGUGCCAAUUCAUCACACAAAAUUGACAGUUUGACACUUUCUAAGGUUUAUUUAUGUUAUAUCAGAGUUGGGGUUGGUUCGGUUUGAAUUCCUGUCAAUUCAGUUCUUGAAUUCUCUAUGAAUCAAUUGAAUUUAGAUCACUGGACUUGAGUUGCAACUGAGUCGACACCAAUUCUGGAUGUUUUUCAAUCACUUUUGAUCAAUUUCAGCAGUAUCGAGCGGUGCUAUCUGUCUCACGUUUAAGGCCGAGAGGAGUUCCAAAAGAGUCAUUUUGCCCUUGACGUUAUAAAUCUAUGCUCUCCAUUUUAUAUCCCUGGUGGAUCCUCAUUCUCUGGCUUUUUAGGGGGAGGUUUAAAAUGAGGGCAGCACCUUAGUUGAUGGGACAAUCUGUAUAGUUUUAAGCUAUUAAUUCAACACGUUUUAUCGUUCACCUCACGAUUACUAAAGAUGUCAUGGUGUUUUGUUAUUCUGGUCAGGGCUUUUGUCUUGGAGUGGAGUGAAAGGUUUGAGAGAGGUUGUUGUGUGUGUUUGCAUGUAGGUGUGUGUACCUACUGUCUACAGUUCUUCUUUGACGUUAUCCUUAUUGAACCUAAAAGGCUACAAGAGGACAAGCAGGGCAAAGGGUCGUUGAGAAAGUUUUGUGGCAGCUUUUGGAUCCAAAAGAAAGCGUAAGGCUUAGCCCAGAGUAGCCUUUGUAGUAAUUAACGGUAGGCUGGAUUUUUAGGCCCAGUGAAGACGUCUAGCUAGUGGCUAACAGUAUCCGUGUUAAGGCUUUUGUGUGUGUCUACGACAUGUCUCUAGACAAUUAGGAUGCGGCAAGUAUUGCUGGUCAAAUCUACAUUUCAUUUAUACUCAGGCUGACUGUCUGUAGAUCAUCACUACGGUGAAAACGGUUCUACUUUGACCCUGCCACAGUGUCCAUUGUCACGAGUAGAUAGAGCCACUGGCGCUACAUAACCAUGACAAUAAAUUCCAAACGCCUGAUUGACAGCUAGCUAGCUUGCAUUAGCAUACAGAAUAUACAUACAUUUAAUAUUAUGGACGACUGUAUUUGCACCCUUGUCUCUUUGCCGUUGGGAGUGAAGACUCCAAAGAUUCUCAACAACAACAAAAUCCUGGUUAGCAAUUGGUAGACAGCUUAAUUCAACCUGUAAUCAAACUGACUUUAGCUGAGCUGGCUAUCUAGUCAAUCUAAUUCCAGACUAGGUGUGAGUAUGAGAAAUCAAACAAACAAAUAUUAAUCUCUUCUCAGGAGAAAGGCAGCUUCCUCCUUGUUUUCUCAUUUAUACGAAGGAUAGAAUGUAAGUCACUAUCACGUGACAAUAUAAUGCUCAUGAUGUCAACUUUGUGUUUAUACAAACAAACCAAGUUUGUAAAUAUAAUAUAGAUGAUAUCACUGCAACAACAUGUUAAUAGAUGGACUAAAAACCAGCCUUUAGGUAUGAUAAUGAGAACAGAGUUGGCUAGAGCAGAAUUAGCUAGCUAGAAGGCUAAUGUUUAACUAGGCUAAAGCAGAACCAGAUAUGGCUAAUGGCUACCAGGCUAAUGCUUAGCUAACAGUUUGAGAAAAGCAAUUAGAGGGUUGUUGUACUGAGGUGAAUCGUUUAGGCUAUUAUUCUCCUCUUUUUAGCUGUUUUCCAUGGCCACAGGUGAAUUUGUCAUCUGUUAUUGUUGAUUUUAUUUCCCCUUUAUCUACUCUCUUUGUCAGUACAACACACACACAGAGUCUCUCACCCUUAAGAGAUCACACACAGGGGGUAUUCUAUUAGUAUCCCCAUUAGCUGUUGAGAUAGCAGCAGCUACUAUUCCUGGGGUCCGCACAGAACAUGAAGCAUGACAUAAUACAGAACAUUAAUAGACAAGAACAGCUCAAGGGCAGAACUCCAUAAAUUGGACGGAACUACAGAAACAUUCACUUACACUAGGAAGAUACUAUUUACACGCAGCAUGCAUACUCACUCGCCCUUCACAAACACAAGCAUUACACUUACCCCAAAGACUGACAGAAACACACACACACACACACACACACACACACACACACACACACACACACACACACACACACACACACACACACCAGACAUGCUAAACACAAACAUCCAUGCCCCUGUCUUCAUUCUUUGAGAAGAUGUCAAUAUGAGCUCUCAUAUAGGAGGCACUCAGUCAGUGGGAGGUCGACUGCUGACAAAAGGCCCCUGUCAGCUAUUUUGGUGGCCGACAUCACUGUGGCACAUUUUUUAGGUUGCUUCCUAAAUGGCACCCUAUUCCCUUUAUAGUACACUACUCUUUUUAUUUUAUUUUUUAUUACCAGGACCCAUAGGGCUCUGGUCAAAAGUAGUGCACUAUGUAGGGAAAAGGGUGUCAUUUGGGACACGGCCUUAAACAGUAAUGAGGUUCAGUCAGGUUGGAUUCUCCUGUCAGUAAACACAACUGUCUUUUGUCCACGUCUCCUUUUGUCCUGUCCCGCACAUUGGUGAUCCGCUCAGAAAAUAGAAAUUUCUGAGUCCCCUCCAUUGUAGUAUUGUCGAUCACGGUGAUGGGAUGAAAUAGGAUUUGGUAAGAGCCAGAUUGAAUAGGUGUGUGUAGUGGGGGUGGAUAUGUGUGUGUGCCUGUGUGUGUGUUUAUGCGUGUGUGUGAGUAUUUGUGUUCAUUUCACAGCCAUAUUGGAAAUGUUUUGUACACUUUGUUGCCCAGCCCUCUCAGAAUGCCUUCUGUAUUGUGUGUGUUGCAUGAGAGAACGUGUGCGUACUCGUGCGUGUGUGUGUGUGUGUGCGCAUGUUUGUCAGAACGAGUGCAUGUGAGUAUGUAUGUUCUUGGGACCGGGGUAGCUGCGAGGGUGUUUUUUGAAAUCAUGAUUUGUAAAUACAUUUUCAUAUUGCAAACCAGUUUUUGAUAAAGUAUUAUACAAUUCUGUAAAAGAAAAAUAUGUACAUAAGAUUUUAGAUAAGAAUAAAGUGUUGAUGACAGUAUAUUAAUUUAUUUGUAUAAAAGAGCACUGCAUUCCCUGAUUGUACGAAAUAUGAAUUUUCCGCCCAAGUGUUUUGUGUUGUUAGUUGGUCUUGCUUCAUUUGUUAACCUUUUCUCUUUCCAAAUGUGUACUUCUUUAUCAGUACAAGUAAUACAACGUGGUUCCUCCUCAAUAUCUUCCAGUAUCUCAUUGUUUCUCAAGUUUUAUAAUAUUGAAUGAUUUGUUUUCUGGUGCCUUUUUCUCUCUCUCUUUUUUUGUUUGUUGUACUGCUGUUUCGCUGUGGGAGAUGGGUUCUUUUCAAGCAACUUCUGUAACAUGCAAAUAAGAACAUCUGCACCCAGAAUUGACAAUAACGGUCUCGCUCACCUUUUUAUUAUUUCAUGAAGUUGUUCUUAAAUAUCUAUAUAUUGAUAUAUAAAACUUUAUUGCAAAUC